CGUGUCCACUGGAACAGGUUUUACAACUCUGUCACUCCACCCAAAUCCUGGGAUUUAAAAGGCCCACACUGGACAAGCUUGCUGCACUUUCACAGCAUCUCCUAUAGCAUCUUCAGCUUCAGUCCGUUAUUUCUUCACCAUGAGUCUGAGGAGCAAGAGGAUCAGUUCGAGCUGUUCUGUAAGGAGCAGUGGGAAGCUUGGCGGCUAUGGAGGCUAUAGCAGUGGGUUUAGCACAAUGUCCCUUGGAGCGUUGUCACCCAGCUUCAGCACCAGCAGCACCUACUUGGGUGCCCCCAUAGCUAACAUCUCGGUCAACAAAAGCCUGCUGGCUCCCCUCAACCUGGAGAUCGACCCCAACCUCCAGAUGGUGCGCACUCAGGAAAAAGACCAGAUGAAAUCUCUUAACAACCGCUUUGCCUCCUUCAUCGACAAGGUGAGGUUCCUAGAGCAGCAGAACAAGAUGCUGGAGACCAAAUUUGAAGUUCUUCAGAGUCAGACCCCAGGCAGGUCUAACAUUGAGCCCAUGUUUGAGGCUUAUAUGGCCAAUCUGCGCAGACAGCUCGAUGUGGUCAACAACGAUAAAAUCAAGCUGGACGGAGAGCUGAGGAACAUGCAGGGGCUGGUGGAAGACUUCAAGCACAAGUACGAGGAUGAGAUCAACAAGAGAAACAACCUAGAGAAUGACUUUGUGAUUCUGAAAAAGGAUGUAGACUCUGCAUACCUGGUGAAAGCUGAUUUGGAAGACAAAGUGGGUGCGCUGACUGAUGAGAUCAACUUCCUCAAGACUAUUUACGACGAGGAGCUGCGUGAGAUGCAGGCCAGCAUCACUGAAACCUCUGUCACAGUGCAGAUGGACAACUCCCGCAACCUCAACAUGGACCAGAUUGUGGCCGAGGUCAAGUUCCAAUAUGAAGAGAUCGCAGUCAAGAGCCGUGAGGAAGCUGAGGCCUGGUACAAGUCUAAGUAUGACCAGAUGGCCAGCCAGGCCACACAGUACGGGAACGAGCUGAGGAACACCAAGGCUGAGAUCGGUGAGCUCAACCGCAUGAUCAGCCGUCUGCAAAGCGAAAUUGAGUCCAUCAAGGCCCAGCGCACUAACAUGGAGAACCAGAUCGCCGAGGCAGAGGAGCGUGGUGAGCUGACAGUGAAGGAUGCCAAAGCUCGCAUCAGAGACCUGGAGGACGCGCUGCAGAGAGCCAAGCAGGACAUGGCACGCCAGCUGCGGGAGUACCAGGAGCUCAUGAACGUCAAGCUGGCACUGGACAUCGAGAUUGCCACUUAUAGGAAGCUGUUGGAGGGCGAGGAGGACAGAAUUGGACAGCAGGCCAUUGGCAACAUUCAAUCCAUGUCCAGUUACAGCUCCAAAGGAAUGAACGGCUACCAGCAGUUCAGCUCUCCAUCCCCUAAACUGCUGAUCAAAACCACCGAGAUUAGAGACACCACCAGAUUCACUACACACUGAAGUGUCAGUAUAAAAUAUGAUAUCAAAUAGCUUAAAGAAACGAUCGUAAAACUAACUAUAGGUUCAUGUUAUAGUAGACUUGUUACAAGAAACUAUAUCUAUACGCGAUAUAUAUUUUCUGCAUCAAAAAGGUGGCAUAAUCCUGAUAUAAUACUCCAGCAAUUAAAGAAUUCUGAAAAACAA